AUGCUCGCGUCCCCCACACUAGUUAGUAGUAAUCUAGGGCAUCUCCUCAAAUUCCACCAUCUCAAGGCUCCCGUCAAUAAUCUCCAUCACCACAGUUCCAAGAUACAUCUUGCCAGAUCGACGAAGAGCAAUCCACCUUACCUAAACAAGACCUCUCCGCCCAUCAAAAUAGCUUCCCGCGCUCUCGCCCGGCUCCGACGCCUCACCUGCACCAUGUCAACCACAGCAACGACCCCGUCCUCCACCGGCGCCGCCCCCUGGCGGCCCCUCUUCAACACGCACAUCUCCAAGAUGGACUCGCCCGAGUUCGUCCUCUCCUCGCUACACGCGGCGCCCCAGGGCGCGCCCGUCUCGCACCUCCCGCGCGCGCGGUACUGCAUCUACCGAGGCAUGUGGGGCGAGCUGCCGGAGAACGGGCGCAACGUCGCGCCCCGGAACGCGCGCGUGUACGAGAGCGACCUGUUGACGCUGACGACGGACGUCCGGAUGGAGAAGGUGCCGGAGAUCUUCGCGACCGGCGCCGGUCACGGGGACGUGGCGCAGAGUCAGGGGAGCGGCGGUGGGGGGCCUGUCGAGGCCGUCUUCUGGGUGAAGGGGGUUAUGGCGCAGUGGCGCAUUCGGGGGGAUGCGUUUGUCGUGGCGAGGGAUAUUGAGGGCGGGGGCGAGGAGAGCAGUGGCGUGAGGACGGUGAAGAGUGCUGUUGGGGAGAGGAUGAGGGUGGUGAGUGAGGAGGGGAAGGAAGCCUGGAGCUGGAAUACGGAGCUGACGGCGCAUUUUGGGAACUUGAGUCCUGGGAUGAGAGGGAGCUUUAAGAAUCCGGCGCCUGGCACGCCGGUGGGCUCGACGCCUGGAGAGGGUUUGGGAAUGGGACAGAAGGUAGAUGAUUUGGAAGACGAGGUCGCAAGGAAGAACUUUAGGGUUGUCAUUAUCAAGCCUGAAGUCGUUGAGCUCUGCGAUUUAAGCGACCCGGAGCGCUCUCGUCGCUGGAGAUACACUUUCGUUGGGCCGAAUGCUCAAUCCGGAGAAGGAGCCGAGAUUCUUGGUGAGUGGAAGAAGGAAGAGCUUUGGCCAUAG